CUGUGUGCGCUCCAUCCACACAUCCACAACCCCGCGGCUUCAGCAUGAGGCUGGUGCUCCCGAACCCAGGCCUGGAGCUCCGGAUACCAGACUACGAUGAGCUGGAGAGGAUGGAGAAAGAGGACGCGGAGGGGCGGCCGCAGUGGGACAACAAGGCCCAGUACAUUCUCACCUGCGUGGGCUUCUGCAUCGGUCUGGGGAACGUGUGGCGCUUUCCUUACCUGUGCCAGAGUCAUGGAGGAGGCGCCUUUCUGAUUCCCUACCUGAUCCUGCUGGUGCUGGAAGGAAUGCCUCUCUUACUGAUGGAGUUCGCCAUUGGUCAACGUCUGAGGAAAGGCAGCGUCGGCGUGUGGAGGACCAUCAGCCCCUAUCUGACUGGUAUUGGUAUCGCCUCCAUGCUGGUGUCUUUCUUGGUUGCGUUGUACUACAACACCCUGAUAGCCUGGAUCAUCUGGUAUCUCCUCAACUCUUUUCAGCAGCCUCUGCCAUGGGCUCAAUGUCCCCUGAAUGAAAAUGGGACAGAAUUUAUAUCGGAAUGCCAGCGGAGCUCCACUGUGGAUUAUUUCUUUUACAGACAGACUCUGGAUAGUUCUGCCUCCAUAUCGGAGUCUGAGGGAAUCCAAUGGCCAAUGGUGGUUUGUCUGCUGGCGGCGUGGACGAUUGUUGCGAUCUGCUGCAUUAGAGGGAUAAGCACUUCAGGGAAGGCGGUUUACGUCACAGCCAUCCUGCCUUACAUCGUGCUGGCGAUCUUCCUGAUCCGAGGAGCGACUCUGAAAGGUGCCGUGAGCGGGAUCAAAUUCCUCUUCACACCAGAUGCGGAGGAGUUGAUUAAACCAACCACUUGGCUGGACGCUGGAGCUCAGGUGUUUUACGCCUUUGGUUUGGCAUGGGGAGGCCUCAUCUCCUUCUCAAGUUACAACCCUGUUCACAACAACUGUGUGCAAGAUGCGGUGAUCCUGUCUGUCGUAACUGGACUCACGUCAGUCUAUGCUGCCCUGGUGACCUACUCCAUCAUUGGCUUCAGAGCCACUGAGAAAUACGACACCUGCAUCAGUGAAAACAUUGUGAGGUUAUUGAAUAGGUUUGACCUUCCUGAAGACAACAUCACGUCAAGCAACUAUGACGUGGCCUUUAAUCACCUCAACAGCUCCUAUCCCGAUGUCAUUCUUGGACUGGACCUCCAAACCUGUGACAUGCAGAAACUGCUCAGUGAGGGAGUAGAGGGGACAGGUCUGGCCUUCAUCGUCUUCACUGAGGCCAUCACCAAGAUGCCCGGCUCUCCUGUCUGGUCCGUCCUCUUUUUCAUCAUGCUCCUCUGCCUGGGACUCUCCACGCUGUUCGGCAACAUCGAGGGAGUGGUGGUUCCCUUGAAAGACUUGCAAAUAUUUCCCAAACAAUGGCCCCAUGAAGCACUCACUGGGGUGACGUGCGUCGUCUGCUUCAUCAUCUGCCUGCUGUUUACGCAGAAUUCGGGCCUUUAUUGGGUCUCUUUCUUCGAUAAUUUUGCCGGAUCAGUCCCUCUGCUGACCAUCGGAUUGUUUGAGAUGGUGGCUGUCGUCUAUAUUUAUGGCGUGGACAGGUUCAACAAGGACAUAGAGUUCAUGGUGGGACGUAAGCCGUCAAUCUUCUGGCAGGUCACGUGGCGAGUCGUCAGUCCGCUCAUCGUCUUGGUCAUCCUCAUUUUCUAUCUGGUCACUCAAGUGCAACAGAAGCUCACCUACUUAGUGUGGGAUCCCAACUCUGAUGCGUUUCCGGCUCUGGCGUCAGUGGAGUACCCCUCGUGGAUCAACGCAGCCAUCUUCCUGGUGGCCGGAGUCCCCAGCCUGGCCGUGCCUGCGUACGCGUUGUGCAGAUGGAUUUAUGUGUCAUGUAGAAAAAAAACAACUUUCGGAUCUUAAAUCCAGCUAUGUUUUUUUGUUGUUGUUUUUUUUUAAAUCAUACAUUUCACCUUAUACCCGUGUGCUGCUUUGGUUAAUGCAGACACUGUUAUCUCCAUUUCAAUGUUGAUCACAAUUCUUACUGAGAAAAAAAAAUUACAUUUUAUGGUUUUCAAUAAAAAGUACUUUGAUUUCAAUUCUAA